UGUGUGUGCCCGUAGCCGUUUUGGCUGAGGGUUUCUGGCUCAGGCUGUGCACCGCGCCCGAAGCCCAGGCUUUGGCGGGAAUGCAGCCUCGCUUCCCGGCCUCGACCUUCAGGACGCGAUCGGCGUCGGGCUCUGGCUCAGAAGACGCCGAAGAGGCGCAGCCUUUUAUUAUUGCCAGUGGCGCCUCGCAUCGGUAUGUGGAGAGCUCCAGCAAUCGAGAAGUAGAGGCGAGUAUCACGCAAGCGUGUUCGGAGGAAGCUGCUGUUGAUUACUACUGGUUUUAUUGUCGUCAUCGGUUUGCGAGCGGGGGGACGGCGAGUCUGGCUGUCAGAACGGGCUUCUGCGUCGCGCUGCUGGCCUUGCCAACCUACUGCUUCUCCGCCAAGUUCGUCAUAUUCGGCAUACAGGAGAGGAGGACAAGCUGGACUACAAGCUGAUGUACGACGAGACCCUGGGGGCCAACAGCACGGGCGUUGCGGUCACGCAGAGGGAGAGGGUCUGCGAGGCCGCCGGUGGCGGCAGCUCGUGCGAGUGGCGCACCGUCAUCACCGUGAACGGCACGGACGACCCCCCGGUCGUGUCCUGCCCCGCGCACAGCCUGUUCUUGGAACCCGUCCGCUGGAACGUGAUAGAGGUCCCCGCCUCCUCCAUGAGCUGGAACUGGAACCCCUUCGCGCGCGGCGAGGACACCUCCGCCCACGAGGCGAGCGGGGACAGGAACUGCACACUCUCGGGCCGCCUCGGCGGCUGCGUGGACCUGGACUCGGGGAGCAUCUGGUGCGGCGCGGUCCCCAACCUGUACAUGGGCUACUGGGCGAACAUCUGCCAGAUGGUCGUCUUCACUGUCGCCACGGACUUCCGGGGACUACGGCACCACGGUCCAGCACGCCUGGCAGGGGCUGGCCGGCACCUCGUGCGCCGUGCUGAACAGCCGAGGGGGCGCGCAGGGGCCCCACUGCACGGAGGCCGACCUCCGCGCGGAGUCGUGCCGGCUGCUCGGGCAGCCCUACGACGAGUACGUCUGCCUCGCCGACCUGCUCCUGGUCACGGUGUGCUUCCUCGCGAGCGGCGCCCGGGACAACACCAUCAAGUUCGGGCUCAGCUGGCACGUCGUUCUGAUGAUGGGCUUCAUGAACCCCAGGGUGGGCAUCAGCCAUGGGUACUGGCAGGUGCUGGGCGCGCCCUGGCUGCCCGAGUUCGACUCGAUGCUCUCGAUGGUGCUCGGAACUGCCGUCGGCGGCUGCGUCGUGUCGGUCGUCCUGCUGCUCCCGCGCAAGAUGGCCACGCUGUGCAGGGAGAUCUCCUCGAUGACGAGCGCGAUCUCGUUGGCGUGGGCGGACUGCACUGCGUACCUCUGCGGGCUGCCCGGGUGCCCCGGGUGCGCGUCGAAGCAUGCGCUGGAGACAAGGAUCACCUGGAGGAUCACCUGGCUCAUGAACGAGCACGGCGCUCUUCGGGCGAGGGCCGCUCAGAGCUGGUGGGAGACCCUGGACUUCGGGGUGGAGGGGGCAGUCCAGAGGCUCGCGCAGGCGCACGCCGAGGAUCGACACGGCCGAGGCCCUGGACCUGCUCGAGGCGGUGCGGCGGUGCCUGCUCGGCCAGGACCCGGACCCGUCGGCGCGCCCCCCCGGCUUCGGGCAGGCCGUGGCGGGGCCGCUCCUCGAGCUCGCGGGGGCGGUGCGGCGGGCCGAGCGCAGCAGCGCCGAGCGCCUCGCCCUGGGCCGGCAGGGCGGCGCGGCCGCCGCGGAGGACCGACGCACACGAGCUCGCCGAGGCCCUCCGGGAGGACGCGAGCCUCCUGGAGCGCCGCCGGGCUGCCGCCCUCGCGGCCGCCUGCGGGGCGUCGCCGCCCCCGGCGCCCGGCGGCAUCCCCAUCGCUCGUCUGCCCCUUCCUGCUCGCGUCCUGGGCCGCCGGCGCGGCCGCCCGCGCGAGGCGGACGGAGGGCGCCGCGCUGCGGGAGGCCCGGGCGCUGGCGCAGGGCGUGCACAGGUCGAGCGCCGCCAAGUUCUGCGGGCGCCUCCUCGCUUCCGCGCAUCCGCUGCAAGUUCGGUGUCUGGCUGUCCGAAGAAAGUGAUCGCGAUCGUCCGGAACACGGUGCCGAUAUUCGUGUGCUUCUUGAUCGGCAAGUACUACAUGGACCACUCUUUCGUGAUGGCCUCGACGUUAUCUUUGCUGAUGACGCGCGCUCCCGGGGAGGUAACAGACCGCAACGUCCAGCGACUGAUCGGGGUAGCUCUCGCAGGCGCACUCCCGCUGUGCAUAGUAUGGUUGCUGACCACGUGCCCGCUCACGCAGUGCGGAACUGGGCUGCGGACGGCUUGUCAGGGUCUCUCGCUCUGGCUCUUCGUGUCGCUCUUCGCCUACAUCGGCCUGUCUGGCACGCAAUGGAGCUACCCGGCUUCGCUCAUUGCUGGCUUGGGCGUGGUGCCGUUGAUGAAGACUUGUCCCAAUAUCACCGGGGAGAGUGCCCUCCACCAAGACGAGAUAACCAGGGAGGUCGUGUUCGCGCUCAUCGUCCAGAUGGCCGUCGACACCGUACUGAUGUGGGGCCGAACGCCGUCGAUCAGUGCCGAGACACUGUUCGGAGGGCUCGCCGAGCUCCUCCUGCAGAAGUACAGCCGCCUCUCUGCCGGGGACCCCGCCGCUGUCAGCAAGGAGUCCCUGGCAGAGCUCGAGCGCAGGCUUCCCGAAUACAGAGACCUGCUGAAGGCGCUGGAUCCUAAGACGGGCCUCCUGCCCCGCGAAGGUGCGGCCUUCCACUUCCGCUGCCACGAGCUCGCGGCAGAGUGCAUCAGCAGCCUCCUCUUCAGCCUGAAGCUCAUCAACAUGGCGGUCAGCGACCGCGAGUCGGACGACACCGACGUGGCAGCCCAUGACCCGGUGCACGCCGACUGGCUGGUCGGCGUGCUGGCGGCGCCGGAGCCGCAGGCCGCGCUGCACGACACGCUGACCUUCAUGAGGGCGCGGAUCUCUGCGAUACGGAGGACCACUCGCACCCACGACUGGCACCACUGCAGGGAGGUGAGCGCCGAGCUCGAGCGCGCAGCCCCGGACGCCGGGGCCCUGCUGCAGAUGUUUCGGAACCUGGAGGAGCUGGGCCAUGCGGCGGGCACGGCCGACGACAGGUGCCAUGACCGCCGCUGCCGGCUGGCGAUCGUAGCCUGGAGCGAGCCCCAGCAGGGCCUCCCUGCCGAUGCCGGCCCGCCCUCGCGGCUGCUGGUGGCGGGGCAGGACCCCCUCUUCCGGGCGGGGUGCGUGGCGCCCGAGGCGGCGCGGCUGCUGUCGGACAGCCAGGGCAGCGAGGCGGGGCUCGCAGGCGAGAGGCGGUCCAUCCUCUCCGUCAUGAGGCGGCUGUGCCGUUGGCACCUGGCGGCGGGCUUCGCCACCUCGGUGGCCCACGGCGCGCUCACCGCGGGCGUGAAGCCCCUCGUGCUGCGCGCGGUCAUCGACGGGGCGAGGGCCGGGGAGCUCUCGCUGGGCCACGUGGCCCUGCUCACGGCGGUGCUGGUCGCGGAGGCGAUGCUCAACAUGUGGAACAAGCAGCUGCUCUGCGACGACGUGGGGGUGCUCAUGAUGGCCGCGGUGCCCUCGCUCCUCUCCAGGAGAGGAUCCCGUGGGUCGCCGAGGGCACCUGGAGCGCGGGCGCCCCGGCCGAGAAGCCGGCGGGGGGCCGGCCGGCCUCGAAGGCGCAGGCGGCCGGGGGCCAGCCCGCCCCCGUCGCGGAGGCGACGCUCGUCGGCAACGACGUGGUGCGCAACCUGGAUAAUCUCACCAAUCCUGUGGGUCAGCUGCGUCACCCAGCUGCUCUGCGGCGUCGCCGUUCUCCUGUGGAUUGCCGGCCCGGCCGCGCUCGCCGGCGUCGGGGUGCUCUGCUUCUCCGUGGCGGUCGCCUCCUACACCUCAAGCAUCAACAAGAAGUACGACAAGCGCGGGCUGGAGGCCGCUGACGAGCGCAUCGCUCUGUUGAGUCAGGUCCUCGACGGCGUGCGCUUCGUCAAGCUCAGCGCCUGGGAGGAGGCGUACAUGGAGAGGUCGCUGGCGAUCCGCGUCCGCGAGACGGGGCAGCAGGCGAUCUGGCGCACGCUGCAGAUGUUCGGCGCCACGGUCGGGCGGUGCACGCCGCCGGUGGCCAGCAUGGCCACAUUCAUGGUGAUGCUCGCCCUGGGGGAGCUCGUGGCUGUUUCUUCUUCUGCCGUGUCGGUCUUCAUGACGCUGCGGCUCCCCAUGGGCAUCAUCCCCGCCGCCAUGAUGAUGUGGAACUCGCUGAAGAUCUCCAUGCAGCGCGUGGACGAGGCUCUCGGAAGGCCCGCCGUGGAGCCGCAGCCCGAGCCUGAGUCCCCGCAGGCGGCCGCGUCCCUGCGCGGCGUGGCCUUGGCUUACGGCUGCGCGGGAGGCCCGGUGCUGUCGGACGACGUGACCCUGGACGUCGUGCUCGGGAGGUCGCUGGGCGUGUUCGGCGCGGUGGCCUCCGGCAAGAGCACCCUGCUGGUCGCGCUGCUGGGCGGCAUGCAGCCCCUGCGCGGGUCGGUGCGGCGCUGCGGGCUGCCCGCGGCGUACGUGCCGCAGCACCCGGUGGUCUUCAGCGGCUCCAUCCUCGCCAACAUCGUCAUGGGCCGGGCGUACGACGAGCAGGCGCUGCUGGCGGCCCUGACGGCCGCGCGGUUCGUGCGCGACCUCGAGCUGCUGCCCUUCGGCAUCAUGACCGAGAUCGGGGAGCGGGGCACGACGCUGUCCGGUGGGCAGCAGGCGCGCCUGAACGUGGCGAGGGCCUUCUACCACCAGCCGAGCGUGCUGGUCGCCGACGACCCGCUGGCGGCGGUCGACGUGCACGUGGCCGGCGAGAUGUUCGAGGCCAUGCAGCAGUGGCGGAGGGCGUCGGGGAAGCGCGCCCUGGUGCUGGCCACCAACCACUGCACCUGCUGCCGAGCCUCGACCACCUCGCCUACCUCGAGGACGGGCGCGUGUGCGCGCAGGGCUCCUACCAGGCCCUCCUCGCCGAGGCGCGCGCGCGCCCGCGCCUCGCGGAGCUCCUGGCCGGCGCGCGCGUGGCGGCGGCGGACGCCGCGGAGGCCGCGAGCCCCGCGGGCGCGGGCGGCCUCGGCCCGGCGACGCCGGCCUUGUGCCGCGGGCCGGCGCGGGAGGUGA